UAUCAUAAAAUCGUUUCAUCACAAAUCGGUGCAUCCAUAAAUACAUACCCUAUUACUACUUAUAAAAAAUAGCUAUAUAAUAAUACUAAAAAAAUACUUUAACAAUUCCCCGAAAAAUUAUAAUUUGAUCAUAUACUUCGCAGCUCCGAAAAUUAAAUCUAAUUACCAAAAAGGCAUUAAAAAUAUAUAAGAACAUAACUCCGCUAGACUAUCAAACUUGACUAUAUUGUCGAUUGAACAAGAAUUGGCUGCUAAUAUUGAUUUUGACAAAGUUGUUUCUGACUUCGCUGCUCAUAAGGCCCGUAGAAUCCGCUUGUAAAACCGCUCAUCCUAUUUUAACUUCAAUAAAAGGUACCUCAUUGCAUGUGAAAUUUAAUUUUAAUCAAGCACCUAUAGAAUGGGGGCGGCAAAAUGGGUUUCCCGCCCCAGGCGCCGAGAUGGCACGCUACGCCACUGAUCUGUGGCACAAUUAAGUAACUAAGUUCAACUUCAAGCAUACUAGCAUGUCAAGUGUAAUUCUCGAUAGAUGUGUGGUUUUAAUUUACUGCUUAAUAGAACUAUAGUAUUUAUUUGUUUGGUAAAAUCCAUAAGACAUAAUUAAGCAAAACCAAACAACCUAAACAAAAUGUACAAAAAAUUAGCUUUUUACAGUAGACCAUAUUUAUACCUACCUAAAGUGGGACUGCUGUAAAAAAAUUAAAAAAUACGAAAUGUUAAAAAUACAGUAUUGAUUGAAAAUAUUUAAGAAUAUUAUUAGUAAAAAUAAAUAACAUGUCUUUGUAGCAUUGCCACUGACCACACUUUGAAUGUAUGUACAGACAUGCUGGGUGUGUCACUUGUGCUUCAGGCUGAGUUUUCCUCGGCACGGGAUAGAUGACAAGGUGCAGCAGGCAGUUGAUAAUCCUGCUGUGGAGACUAGCUCUCUGGCUGGAGCUUCCAGAACAAGAGCUAGUUAUAGCGGUGAAGGCAGUUCGUGUCUCAAGACUGAAUGUGUAUCAGAAGUUGAUACACAGGCAGAAAGUGCUACCUGCGGUACUAGUUUGAUGUCUGACGUUUGCGUCAGUGUUUCAACAGAUUGCAAGUGCCUUCACCAUCAUCAGCAUUUGUGUUCUUCAAGCAAACAAGACAAAGAUGCUCCAAUUAUAAGACAAGAGCCACUAGUACGUCAUUUAGUUGAACACAACCGAACUAAUACAGGGGAGCAUAACUUCAAGUGUGAAUUAUGUGGUAAGUCUCUUAGUUCUAAAAGGAAUCUUAUUGUUCACAGCAGAUUACAUACAGGGGAGAGUCCGUUCAAGUGUGAUCUAUGUAAUAAAUCAUUUAUUACUAAAAAAACACUUGUUGCACACAACACAUUUCAUACAGGGGAGCGUCCUUUCAAGUGUGAAUUAUGUGGUAAGUCUCUUAGUUCUAAAACAAAUCUUAUUGUUCACAGCAGAUUACAUACAGGGGAGAGUCCGUACAAGUGUGAUCUAUGUAAUAAAUCGUUUAUUACCAAAAAAACACUUGAUGCACACAACACAUUCCACACAGGGGAGCGUCCCUUCAAAUGUGAAUUAUGUGGUAAGUCUUUUAGUUUUAAAAGGUAUCUGGUUGUACACAUCAGGGUACACACACAGGAGCGUCCCUUCAAGUGUGAUGUGUGCAGUAAGUCGUUUUGUGAUAACAGACAUAUGAAUGUACACAAAAGGUUACACACAGGGGAGCGUCCCUUCAAGUGUAAUGUGUGUAAUAAAUCAUUUGCUAGGAAAGAAUCAUUUAAUAUACACUACAGCUUACAUACAGGGGAGCGUCCCUUUAAGUGUGAUCUGUGUAGUAAAUCAUUUAGUGUAAAAGAUAAACUUAUUACACACAUGAGAUUACAUACAGGAAAAGGCCUCGUUAAUUGUUAACUGUGUAAUAAAUCAUUUAAUCAUCUUGUUGUUCACCCAAGAAUGCAUACUGUGACGAAUUUCUCAUUACUCUAAAAUCCAAGUCUGCGAAAGCUCCAGAAAUAACUCCAGCUCAGAUAUAACUUGCUGCACUUCAGGUGCAGAGACAAUAUCCUUGUGGGUGGGCAGUCUCAAGAUACAAGUCUAGGGGAGCUGUAACAGUUUUAUUUCAAAGUUAAAGUUCGAGAAGGAAUGGUGAAAGAAACCUUAGUGUACAUAUCCACUCUUACUUUCUUUAUAAUUUAAUAGUUUAUUAACUUCUAAUUUGUGCACAACUUACAUGAGAAAUGAUAUAAUCUUUAAAUUAAUAAAUUGAUAAACAUUUAAAUGCUGGAAUAAUAAAUAAAUUAUAAAAGUUUUAUAGUUUAGUUAUUUAGAUUAAUUAACUAAUAGAUAUCCAACUCUCUACAAUUCUGUUUUUUAAGAUGGUAGUAUUAGUUCUGGUGGUUAAUGUUAUGAUAAUUUUUGUGCUGAUGAUUAUGUUGUUUUGUGUCCUGUUUACCGAGUAACAGUAUCUAGUCUGUAUUAUAUGUUUAUAUUUAUGUAUUAAUGUUGUCCUUGUGUGUCUUUUUGUAUGUCUUAUCCUAUGUUUUUUUAGUUGUUGUUUGUUAUUUUUUACUUUUUCUAUUUUUUAUACGUGUGUGUAUUCUAUUUGUUUUGCCCACCUGUAAAGUUUCUAGACUGUUGGUGGGCAUGGUACAAAAUUUAAAUAAAUAAAUAAAUAAAUAACACAUCCCUCUGGAGUGUUUGGGAAAAGUUUUUCGACAAACCACUUUUCAACUCAUUUGCAGUCAUUUAAUCAUGAGCGUUAGCUGUGUUCUUUUAGGGCAGCAUUUUGUUUUGAACAAAACUGUCCUCAUUACCUACAUGCACUAAUGCAAAAUGCACAUCACGACGUCCUGUAGAAGGUUUCAGGCCUGAACUAAGGCUUUCAACGGCUGCCUGUCGAGCGAUCUUCACUGUUGUCUUUCCAUGCUUUUUCCACACUGAGCCCCACAUUUAUCCACAACUCAUCUGUAUGGAUAACUGGCUCUCCUAAGUCCCAAACUAUUUAUUUCUCUCAAGUAGGUAUGCCGCCACCGAAUUAUGCCAUCACGUUCUUAAAUACUCAAACCCUAUGUUGUGAAGAAACCUAUGCAGGGUGGUGCGAGAAAAAUCUGGCACUGAUUAUUCUCGUUUUUACUUUUGAUGGAAUAACCUUUAACGUGGGGGGAAUGCUAGCAAACAAAAUUUGUGAACUAUCCGCCGUAACCCACUUUGUGCAAUGCCAUUAUAAGUUCGUUUACGGGAACCAUUUAUAUUACCAAGUAAGACAAACACACAUAGUUCGCAUAUUAAACUUAAAUCUAAAGUAAAAACCAUCUCAUAUUUUCAUAUAGGCAAACAGCUAUGGGUUUAUAUGAAGUGUUAUUUUAUUCAGUAAUAAUUUAUGGACUUUUUUUUUAAUAAUCAUAGGUUUUUUAAUAAGAGAGUUAUUUUAUGUGUUUUAAUUACUUGUGAACUUAUAAUUUAAUUUUUUUUAAGUAAAAAUAAUAUAGGCCUACCUAAUAUGAAAUAAUAAAACAAAUGGACUGAGACGUGUAUUUAAUAAUAUUAUGGCAAAAGUAAAACAUUAAAGUAUUAAUGCAUAAUCCAGUAAUAUGUAAUUUUAAAAAAAUUAAAAUAAGUUCUUGCAGUGACUAGGAAUUUAACCUCGUGAAAAAUUACUCAGAGGCAUCACAACAUCGUGUUUUGCCACUGCGCUGCCAAGACAACGAAAAUUAAAGAGUAGAGAUUAAGAAUUAUUAGUCAUUUAAUGCAGUAUUACGUAUUUUUUAUCUGGCAAUUACUUCUUUCUAUGACUAUUUUAGUUUACCAAAUAUAUUCCAGAGUAGCUUUAAUAUCAAUAAGUUUCAUUUGCAAUACCUGUACGUUUGUUACGUCCUCUAAUGUUUACAAAAAGUUCUAUAUACUGGUUUAUUUUUCUACGCAUGGGUCUGGCAAUUUGACAAAUUUAGCUUGUGAGUAGCACAGAAAAAUAUAACACAUUCUAUUAUUAUUUUGGCUAAGACUUUGGGUAUUAAAACCUUUAUAUUCAUAGCCAAACCCCUUGAAAGUGUGCUAAAAUAUUACAUACACAAGAGUAGGUGUGCUAAGAGAAAAUUAGUAUGAAAACUGCUAAGAAGAUAAGUAUAGUGUAAGGCUGGCUUCAUCGCUUCCAAAGGGGUCACUAGCCCACUUCACUUCACUCGCUCGGAGGCUAGCGUCACAGCUUUCAUACUCAUCAUUUCCACCUUCUGGAAUGGUCCAGCAGUCCUUUGAUGUGUUGCGUCAUCAGGGUCGACCCGACUCCCAAAGCUCCCAGAAUAGUGGCUUCCUUGUUACACCAGUCCAUGCGUGGUCUCUAGGAGGUGGGACGGCGACACGGAUGACAGCACCGUGGAAGGGGUUAGUGAGGCCGGGCCGCUCUACAUCGGGAAAGAAAGCACCCGACCCGGGGCCACAGACCGGCUGACCGCUAGUAGCCCAGUAGCCUGCCUCGGGACCCCACCUCCAGUAUGGACGUAAAAAUAUCAAUAACUUUACGACAAAAUAUGAAACAACACAAUUCACAGAUGGAUAAUGAUUUACAAAUUUCAUAUGAACUAUUUUGUUACUUUGACUGAAAAGCAUCUAUUUGUAAGAUUAUUAAAAAGUAAUUCCAUGUAUUGCUUUUGAAGGCCUAAAAUAGAUAAAUUUUUAAUAUUAAGAUUGUGUUGGCAAGUAUCAAAGGCUUUACUCAUGUUGAAAUAAAUAGCAUCUGUUUUAUGCCUGGAUGUUGUAUUUGAACACAAGUCAUUCACAUUAAAUAAAAUUUUAUCUUCCAAAAUAAAAACCAUCAUGUUUUUCAGAAAUGAUAUUUUGAUUAAUUUUCAUGUGUGUAUAAAUAUUGUUAAGAGUGAGAUAACAGGUGUGUAAAAUAUCACACAAUUCGUUAAAUACAGCAUUAUUUAUUUCUAUUUAUACAAUUAGUUACAUUAAAACACUUAAAAUUUCUGUCCACAAAUGAAUCAAUCCACAGCUCUAAAGCACUGCCUCUUACCACGCUGCUCUGGCCUAACACACAGUUUCGCGCUUCUCAGUCGUUCGUCUUCACACACACAGCCCGGAUGUACCCGUCUCCACACAAAAGGCCCGUCCCUCAUCGUCCACGUUCGUUUACAAGAGGGUCACUCGCCCUUUUCACUUCACUCUUUCUUCAGAUGGUGGUGUCACCACGGUAGUAUAUAUAAGGGGCUGCAGGCUGUGGUACUUGGUGCCAACCACCAUCUGCGAUUGUGAACUCACAGUGUCCAAUUUGGAUGACCUUGAACCCAAUGUCCAUCUUGAAUUCCGCCAUUUUAUUUGCUAGAACUUUCCGCCAUCUUGGAAUGGAAUGCCUCGCUCCCUAAUGUUGCAAAUUUUCGUUAUAAUUGCCAUCUUGGAAAUCCACAAUUUGUUUGCUAGGAAAUUGUUAAAAAUGUUUAAUUUAUAAAAAGAAAAUCAUUUAAUAAAAUUUUAUUAAAAAACACCAUUGCAAUUUUCAAUAUGACUUUCAUCUUGAAAAUCCAUAUUAUUAUCAUCCAAAAUAAUUUUAAAAAAUAUUUAAAAUUAUAUAAAAUAAUAUAAAUUUGUAUCAUCAUGUUACGACCACCAUAUUGAGAAUCCUUAAUCUUCAUGCUAGUACAUAUUCAGAAAAACCUGAAAUUAAUUAAUAACAUUUUUAAAAAAAUAUUUGAAAAAUACUAUUACACAAUACAUUAUGGUCGUCAUCUGUGAUCCUAGAUCGCUGCCAUUUUCGUUAUGGGCUGCCAUCUUGAAAAUUCAUAAUAUUCAUGCUAGAAAAUCCAGAAAAAAUAAUUGUAAUAAAAACCCUCUGCUAUCUUGAAAAUCUGUUAUCAGAUUUUAAUGGGGAAAGAUUUAAAAUUUAUAAAAAUAAGUAUCAAUAUUUAAUCUAUUUUUAUAUAUAAACACACUUAAGUCAUGGAGUACUCUGUGACGAAAAAAAUAAAAUAACAUCAAUGGAUCCUUCCUCCACCGAAGCUGCCGCUCUCACUGAUAUUUUUUUCCUAGCCCAAGUUAAUCUAAGUGUGUGGGAGGGUCCAGGUUAGGGGAGGACCUAAGAGUGUCUCAGUCUGAAGCCUAUACACUCUACUAUGCGGGGUUUUAACCAUGCUGAACAAGGGCGCGUGCAUCGUGUGCUAAUUGGAGUUUAUUGGCCAGGCAUGGCUGCGGUUGAAGCCAUAGCUGGUGCUCCUUUGGUUGCCUAGCCUAAAAGCUAACUAAAGUGACCCAGGUAAAACCUUCAUAGACACACAGAAAACCCUGGGCCGGGUCAUGCUGGUAUCAAAUAAAACUGCAUUAAAGCGAGCAAGAAAACUACUGGACAAGAGGGAAAAAGGUCCAGGUAAGAAGAGUUGGGCGGGGCAGAAAGAUUCUACCUUGCAGGGGUUGGGCGCUUGGACCUUGCGGCCCACAUUAUUUGUUGGGCACACCUGGGUUAUUGUUACCAGGGGCCCUAGCGCCCCCAGGGGCGGGCGACUUCACUCGUCAGCCCAGCCCAGUUGCCCAGGCAGUUAUCUCUCAUUACUUAUGCCAGUGUAUAUAUAUCAUCAGUUAGUAUGUCAUGUCCGCCAUCUUGUUUUUGGCUAUUUAAGUGCACUGCUGCCAUGUUAGAUUAAUUUUUAUUUGCUAGAGUGCAGUAAUACUUUAUUAUUAUUUUGGCGCCACCAGCUUGAAUUUCAGAUGCCGUCUUGGAUAUUCAUAAUUAGCUGUAAAAUCGGGGAAAAUUCAAAAUUCAUUAAGUAAAUAUGCAAUUAAUAUACUAAGAGAUUUGGUUAGUUCCUAACAUUUGUUUGAUAUAUGGGUGAUUCAAAUAAUUUAAUUUCAUGUAAAAAAAAAUUAUUUCAAAAAUAUGGUGGAAAGUCCUAAAAAAAGCUUAAAUUCCUCUACAACCAGCUUCCAGUAAGCAGAUUAUAACAUAUUGACCGCCAUCUAGAAAACUCAAAUUAAUUAAAGUAUAAAAUCGGGGAAAAUUACAAAAAUUCAUAAAAAAAAAAUACUAAUUUGACGCAGACUGCCAAUGCUCCUCUAUGUCGCAAAGACCGCUAUGCCUCAUCAACGUCUCACGAAGGCGUGUGCACCAAACGCGCUCGUGCGCGCACCGGAGUGUAGAAAGUGCAACGGGGCGAACGCCAGGUAACAAGUGCUACGUCGGCGGAAGGAUCCGGCCGGGUGUGGCAUAUCCCUCCGCCGAACUACAACAAAUGUAAUGUAUGUAUUUUUUCCACAGGAAUUAUUAGACAUUAUUUUCAUUAUUUAAUACUUUAUUUUCUCCAAAAUUAUGUUUCACUGUGCGACUUGUCCCGAACCUGGCCGGUUCAGUUUCCCGCGAAAAUCACACGUUUCCUUGGGAGGGCUGGCGGGGGAGGGGGGUCGCGCGCGGUGAGAGCGGCAGUAUCCUUCCGGAGCUCAUAGAGGCUGGCAGCCUCCGCGCAACACUGGACCAGCAAUUCUUACUUUCACUGAUAUGUAGUUUAGUUCAAUAGGUAGUUCUAAUUUUUCGCAAAUUUUUCUUUCAGUUCCGUGGUCGGCCUCGACUUGCCAAGUGGUAUUUAACUUAAUUAUUCUGUGCUCCAAGACGAGCGUUCGUCGUAAUACGUAAGUAUUGUGUGUGAACUACGAGAUGUUACUUCGGUGCUUCACGCGAUAAUCUAGCCAACCGGCUAACUAGUUUCAGCCCGCACAGGGCAGCCAGCAGGCAACACGUACGUUCAAAAAUACUAACGAGUCAAUUUCUGGGACAGUCGUAAGAUUCAGGUAGCGUCACCGUAGUUACGGGCCUACGUGUUCUUAGCCCAGUGUAUUACGUAAUUUAUAGUUGUGCAGUGUAAUUUUUUAAUCAGGAUUAUAGUAUGUCAGGUUAGGGUUUGUUUUGUAAUCACCGCAUCGUGUCCAAGUGUAUGACCUUACCGGGGAAUAAAAUCGUGAGCCGCCACUGAGAAAGUGGUCGCGCGUGUAACAAUUCAAUUCGGGACAACCGUUACGGCCAGGACGGGCACUAUGUAGAGGGCUGUGCCGUAAUAAAUUUAUCAGACAUCAGUUGGUAUUUUCUUGUUAUUUUCAGGCGUCCCGAGUGGCCUAAACAGCUCGGGGGGACCUACUGUGUUGAACCACUACCUCUAGCCACAAGGCCGAACCUACCCUGAGAUUUCGAACAAUACUAAAAUCACGUAACUUUUAAUAGAGGUAGCGGGGACGGCGUCAAAUUAAUUUACUGAUUGUAUUGAUGGAUUAACAUACAUUUUUUGAUACUUGAUCCGUGCAAAAAAUUAUAUUUUAGACAAUAAAAUACAUAUAUUUAAUAAAUCGUGUACAGAAUCCUAAAAAAGUCUUAAGUUCAUCAUAUAUCAGCUGCCAGUAAGACGGUAUGAAUGCAAUCUUGGUAAUCUCUAAUUAUUUACCUAGAAAUUUAGGAAAUAUUCCAAAAACCUUCAAAAUAAUUACUUAUUAAAAUAAUUAUUGACAUGUUAUAUUUCCAUCCUUGUCUAAUAUAGUAUGUUUAUUUUCUGCACUUGUUUGCACUUUCUUCGUGCUGUUUACUUGGUGGCCAUCUGUUUCAGAGUAUUUAAAGCUACUUUACGUUCCAAAGCCUAGAAAAUAUUGGUAAUUAAAUAUUGUGUAAUUGUUCAGAGAUAUAAGACCUCAUCUCCCAAAACAUUUGUUAUUUUUUUUGUUGCUGUUUAUAAAAAAAUUGCUUUUUCCUAUAAUUUUUUUUAUAUUAACAAUUCAAUAAAUUUAAUAGAACUAACUUGUUUUCUCUUGUUAAUUUUCUACUACCUUAUAAAAGGUUUCAGUAUUUAAGUCAUAUCUUGAAUUUUUCCAUUUAAUAUUAAGAUUAGACCUGAUCUGGGCAAGCAAGUUUUUACCUUGCGAGUUGGGUAAAAGAGUUGGUGCUUGGUGUUAUUGUUUGGAACGAGAUGGGACCUGCUUCAAUUGGUACACAUGCUUAUAAAUGUUUACCAAAACAACAAACUAGAAACUAUAACCAUAGAAAAUGGCUAUAACCAAUAGUCAUAGAACAUGCCAAAAGUUGGCUACACAAAUCAAUAUACUUACAGUUUUUCAACCAACUUGUUUGCUGAAUUUUCCACAAAUUUGCAUGCCAUUCUACAGCCUGUUCUCGACAUACCUUGUUGACGAUGACAAUUUAUGUGAUAUGUAACUCGUUCUUUGCCAUCGAAGUUUCUUGAAGUUCUGCAUUUUUGUGGCCAAUGUUCUCCAUGUCUCGCGAAGUUCCCCUUUUUUCUUGGACUAAGUACUAGCUGGAUACAAUUGGGUCUCGCUGCCGGCAUUCACACAUUCAACUUGCAGAAAUCUCGUUCUCUCGUAGUUCUUACGACGCGUAGACCUUCCUGUUGUCUUGGGAAUGGCACAUGACGAUACUACCGUCCACAGUUAGGCAGAGCGCAUGAGUGAAAAUUCAAUUAAUUGCUGUAAAGUUCACUUGACGCUUUUGAAGAUUUCAAAUCUCAGGGAGUGUAUAAAUAAAAAUAGCGAUGCAUAUGUGACGCCAGCCGCCAGUGCUCCCUCUGGGUCGCACAGGCCGUUACGUCUCAACAACACUUACUCAAUUGCGUGUGCAACGAACACGCUCGUGCGUGAUGUGCGCCACGACGAACAGCAAGUCGACUACAGCGCCCGGUCGGGUGUGGCAAUGCCCUAGUGUGUAAUUAAAUAAGUAAGUCCUCUUUUCAAAACCAGAAUAACAACAAUUAAAAGAUACUGAAAUAAUAUGAGAAUUAUGAGCAAUUGUAAAAUAAUCAAGUAAUAUCAAAUUUAACAACUAAGUCCAAACUGGUCGGGGCUGUUUUCCCGCGCUACACGCGUCUUAGCGCCGCCAGUUCCCAGUUGCCUUAUGGCGCGCACCAGGGACGGUCUCUUCGCACCCGUCGUGCAGACAUCAUCGUGCCAAAGCCAGCAUCUUGGCGACAUGACGUAAGAGCACCCUAAGUAAGGACUUUUGUUUUCGCAAUCCAGCCGCGUCACUGCGAUCUACAGUCACUUUUAUGUUUUAGCGUUUAUUAUUAACAAGUUAGGCUUUUCUAGGUUAAUAGUUUAUUUAACAAUAUUAUUUUUCAUUUGUGUUACGUAUUCGCAAGCCAGCCACGUCACGGCAUUCAUCAGUAACAGUCACGCCUCGUAUAUUUUCACGUACAUCUAAACGUAUUUGCAAUCUAUCACGAACUUUGACUUAUAAAUAUAUGUAGUUGCAUUCCUGUUUAAGAACUGUUGAUCUUGUACUUUUGACAUUUCAUAUUCAAUUUCAGUCAUAACAUAAAUUUAGUUGCAACUUUUCAGUGCUGCAGUGUUUCGCCGCGGCCUUAGUUUGUCAGUGCCGACCUCAUGAUAGAACUUCUACACAUGUUUGCCACAUAACCUGUUCGCGCGCAACGUCGGUGUUAAACUGACCGUGUAGAGAUGGUCUGACAACAGACUCGGACAGGGUUGGACCAGCAAGUGUAUCAACCUUAAUAAAGUGCAGUGUCUUUUUAGUCAGUUUCCUUUUAUUUCAAGGCAUCCUGGGUGGUCUGAACAGCCCAGGUGGUUCACGUUAACGACUCGCUCCUGCCUGCAGCCACGAGGUCGAAACCCCCUUUUUGCCCCCUGAGAUCAUUUUCAAUUUAAUAUUUAUUCAAAACUUAAUCAGGCAGCGGGAGUGGCGUCAACAUUACAUACCAAACUGCAUAAGGUGCAUUUUUUCACUUUUCCGUAUUUUGAACCAGACUUGUGUUUAAGUCAUUCUAAAUUUAAUUUGAUUUAAUCAGUAAAGUGUAGAACUACAAGUGAACUGUUGACGGAAUCUACUCAAUUUGCAAUGGAUUUACUAUUUUGAAAAUUUUAACCGUGAGCUCAAUAACAUCGCCAUCCAUUAUGCGUCAAUUAUAAUGAAAAAGCAACAAAUAGGUGUCGAAAAUUAUUUAUUGUCAAUAAAAUUUAAACAACAUUCUAACGAUAAAUCCCAUACUACGAAAAAUGCGAGUUACGAAAUGCAUUCGUGUGUAACGUUUCGUUACUCGGUACUAGAUGGCGCACCCGUUACUCAGUACCGAAUACACCUGGUUUGCUACAGCUCUAGAAAUUAGCCUUCAUGGAAAUUUUGAUCUGACCCAGAACAAAAACCUAAUGCUCAAAAGUAUCAAUUAUUUAAAAACAUUUUUUCUUUUACUCCAUCAAUUUAUGCUGGCAAUGAUUUCUAUUAAAACAUUGUUUUGGUUACCAAACUUUCAAACUGCGUCAUCAAUAUGGCUGUCGGGGACGGUGUAAUUGGAAUGAAAGAUGGCUUUCCACUAGCAUUCUAUAUCUCUAAGUCGUUUGACCGAACUAAGACAACUUUGGCUUUACUGCGCUUUCGCUAAUCACGCUGCUGUGCCUUAUUUUGAACUCACUUCUUUUAUUUGGUUUAUAUUUUUCGCGCCAUUUGGAACCGGUAAAGUUUGUUUCACGUUAAAGGAAUGGUUAGUUAGAUUUUAUGAGUUGCUUCGAAUGUAAAUUAAUUCUUAUCUCAGUAUUAUUAAAUUAUUGUGUUUGAAUGUGUGUGAUUUUAUUUAACAUGAAUAAGAAACAGUUUGUGUACUUAUUGGUCUGAACACCCAAGCAGUUCAGUCACACCUCAAUUUGGCAUAGAAUACCUAUAAACAACGAGGUUAAACGUAUUGCAAGAAAUAUUGCAUGAUAAUGUCAAAAUGUGCAUUCACACAAAAUGUAAAAUUAUUUAAGGAUUUCAUCAGGAGAGUGCAAAUGUGCACACGUGUGUAAUAAUAUGCAUUAUUAAAAUAUAUUCUAAAUCUUACCACAUGCAGCACUAGUGCAUCUUAAAUUACACAACAGUGUGUGUACAGUAGCUAGUCAGCUUCGUGACGAUCUACUCUAAUUUUUAUUUUAAUAACGCAUAUUAUUACACGUGUCUUUUCUUUGGUUCAUGUUGCAAUGAUCUAUUAUUUUAAUUGUCUAUUGUGCUGGAAAAGGGCAUGUCUGGAGGAAAAAAAAUUAAUAAAACAGAAAUAUUUUGGUCGGGCUACUUUAUAAACAUUUAAAUAAUUGUAAAAUCGUCUGAACUGUUGGUUAGGAAUUAACUAGUUUAAAUGUAGCUAAUCUGACCUAAUCAACCAUGCACCUUUUUAACAUUAUUUUUUAUACAGCUAACUUAACCAUUAAAACAAUAAACUACUGCGAAUACCACAAUGCUCUUUAACAGAAUAAUCAAUCAUAAAUAAUGUUAGGAAGUAAAAAUAUUUCAGAUUUCCCCCCCCCACCCUCGAUAUUUUUGGAUGCACCUCUCUCCACCAUAACUACCUUUAGUGGCUCCUGCAACUCUUUAAUGGUGGUAAUAUUA